AUGUAUCCCUUAAGAGAAAAAGAGAGCGAAAAGCUUGCCCACGUCGUCCCAUCCGAGACUGAAUCCCCCAAUGGCAGCCCCGCAUCCGAGAUCACCCCGCAGAUGGAGGAGAAGAUCCUGCGCAAGAUGGAUCUGCGGUUGAUUCCUAUGCUGGCGGUUUUGUAUCUGCUGGCGUUUUUGGAUAGAGGGAAUAUUGGGAAUGCGAAGAUUGAGGGUAUGUUGGAUGAUUUGGUUGUGACCGUGUUCUUCUUUACAUACUCGGCGUUUGAGAUUCCUAGUAAUCUUCUGCUGAAGAAGUUGAGACCGUCUCGGUGGUUGCCGAUAAUUAUGGUUGCGUGGGGGAUUGUCAUGACCCUGAUGGGCAUCGUGCAGUCCUAUGCUGGACUGGUGACUGCUCGUGUCUUUCUAGGUGUGGCCGAAGCAGGCCUCUACCCCGGAGUCUCAUACUACAUCAGCGAAUGGUACCCCCGCCACAAAGCACAAUACCGCCAAGCGCUAUUCUUCAGCGCCGCCAGCGUCGCCGGUGCCUUCUCCGGUAUCCUAGCCUACGCCAUAGCCAAAAUGGACGGAGUCGGCGGCUACGAAGGCUGGCGCUGGAUCUUCAUCCUCGAAGGCCUCCUCACCGUUGUAGUCGCGUUCAUAGGCCCCUUUGCCAUCCACGAUUCCCCCGAAACAGCGACUUUCCUCACAGAAGAGGAGAGAGAUUGGGUGUUGCGCUCUGUGCGCGGCCAGACGACAGCCUCUGGGCCGGAGUCAGGCCGUGCUACUAUCGAUAGCGAGGAGAGGAAGUUUCGCUUUCAGUAUGUGCAGGCUGCGUUAACGGACUGGCAGAUUUACGUCGGUAUUUUGAUGUUCUGGGGCAUCACUUGUCCUCUGUACGGCAUCUCGUACUUUCUACCCUCCAUCAUCAAAGACCUAGGAUAUGAAUCGUCCACGGCGCAGCUGCUCACCGUGCCUAUCUAUAUCGUCGCUGCUGUGAUCGCCGUUGCGGCCGCGUGGCUGUCAGAUCGGCGGCGAGAGCGGUCUCCGUUCGUGCUCUUCUUCAUGGCCCUCGUUGCCAUCGGGUUCGUGAUUGUCCUUGCGUCCACUAAUCGGGGCGUUCCUGGUGUGGUGUAUUUCGGGGUGUUUGUUGCUGUGGCUGGUAUAUACGCUGCAUUCCCAGGCAAUGUAGCCUGGAUCAGUGUCAACCUCGCGGGCGAUUACAAGCGAGCAGCGGGCAUGGCGCUGCAUAUUGGAGUGGGGAAUUUGUCUGGAGCAAUGGCAUCCAACUUCUACCGCCAGCAAGACGCCCCAGGCUACAUCCUAGGCCACGCACUAGAACUAGGCUUCUGCGCUAUGGGCAUGGUUGCCGUUGUCGCUUUAAGACUGUCAUACCAGCGGAUUAAUCGCCAGCGGGAUGCGCUUGAUGCACCGGUGGAUCCGGUCGAGGCUGAGAAGUUGGGUGAUAGGUCGCCGGAGUUUAGAUAUAUGCUUUGA